AAGCACUCAUUGUUCAACUCAACAGCUAGUAAUGUCCAGUCCUGGCCCUUGGGGUAGGUGGGCUCAACCCUCUCAAGUAUCAAGCCCAAAAUAUAACAUCAGGUGAUACCACAACUAUCCUGCCUGCUGCUUGCUGCACCAUGAAGUCUGCCAAGCUGGGAUUUCUUCUAGGGCUCUUCAUCUUCUGCUCACUGAAUACCCUAUUACUGGGUGGUAUUGAUAACAUUGUUGAGAAGAUAUGUGGAGACCUCAAAGAUCCCUGCAAAUUGGAAAUGAAGGCUGGAAGCUGCUAUGAAGUUCACUUUAGAUUUUUCUACAACAGAACCUCCAAACGAUGUGAAAGUUUUGUCUUCUCUGGCUGUAACGGCAACCUUAACAACUUCAAGCUUAAAUUAGAAUGUGAACUAGCCUGUGUUGGAACAGUCAAACCACAGAGUUGAGAAGAUGUGAACUCAUGAAGUUGUCUGAUACACCAUCCAAAAUAAAGAUGCAAGAAAAUUCAGACCAAUCUUGAAAUCUUUGUAAUAUUUUGAUAAUCCUUUAAGCUUCCAUCUGUUUGCUAUUUUCCUGACCUGGGUUUUGUCUUUCCCGGAAAAUAACUGUAUGGUCAUUAGAAUGAGUCUUUGUGUCAGCCCUGGCUCUCUUAGUUUCUCUCCACUUGUCUUAUCUAAAUUUGCAGAGCUGAAAUGUCAGCUGGUCCCAUCCAUUGGUUCCCCCCUCACUCCUGAGCCAUCCCUCACAUAUGCACACUUAGCUUAAUUUAUCCUAAACUGUUUCAGGUUUGACGAACC